AUGGUACUGAUUUUUUCGCUAAGUUCAAUAAUUUUAUCAGUUUCUUCAUUAGCAAUUGCAGAUAUAUCAUGUAAUCCAUUAAAACAACUGAAUUGUCCUCCAAAUCCAGCAUUAAGUGGAUCAAUUCAUGAAACUUUUAAUUCAAAUUUAGGUUCUUAUUUUAGUUCAAGAAAUAGACAAGGAGAUAUGAAUUUUGGAAAUGAUGGAAUUUCAUUAGUUAUAAAUAAAAGAUUUGAUAAUCCUUCAUUUUUAUCAAAUUUUUAUUUAAUGUUUGGAUAUGUUGAAGUUGAAAUGCAAGCUGCUGAAGGAAAAGGUAUAAUAUCAAGUUUUUAUUUACAAAGUGAUGAUUUAGAUGAAAUUGAUAUUGAAUUUUUUGGUGGUGAUCCUUAUGAAUGGCAAUCUAAUUAUUUCUUAAAGGGAGAUAUAACUACUUAUGAUAGAGGAGAAUAUCAUCCUUUACAACCAAGUCCUUUAGAAAGUUAUCAUAAAUAUGCUAUUAAUUGGACUUCCGAUAAAGUAGAUUGGUCAAUUGAUGGUCAAAUAGUAAGAUCUUUAACUACUGCAAAAAUUCAAAGUCCUUGUAGAAUUUAUGCUGGUAUUUGGGCAGGUGGAGAUCCAUCAAAUGAAAUAGGUACAAUACAAUGGGCUGGUGGUUAUACUGAUUAUAGUCAAGUUCCUUUUACUAUGCAUAUAAAAUCUAUAACUGCAAUGGAUUAUUCAACUGGUAAUUCUUAUUCUUAUACUGAUCAAACUGGUAAUUUAGAUUCAAUUAAUUCAAAUGGUGGUGAAAUUAAUGGCAGAUUUAAUCAAGCUCAACAAGAUAUUGCUGAUAUUAGGAGUGGAAAUGGUUUUACUAAUAGUGGUUCAACUGGUGAUAGUUCUUCUUCUUCUGCUGUAAGUUCCUCAUCAAGUUCAAACUCCUCAUCAAGUUCAAGCUCAAGUCCAAGCCCUUCCAGUUCCUCAAGCUCAUCAAGCUCAGUUUCGUCAUCUUCAUCAUCAAGUUCCAGCUCAGAACAACCAACUUCAACUUCUUCCUCUUCUGUAACAUCAUCAUUUGCAUCUACUACUUCACAAUCACAAUCAGAAUCACAAUCAUCAAACCCUUCCUCAAUUGAUGCCCCACAAUCACCAUCUGCAUCACAAUCACAAUCCUCUCUAGUAUUCAUAAACACAUCUUCAAGAUCAUCACAAUCAACUUCACAAGCUGCACCAUCAAGUCAAGUAUUUAUUAGAACAGAAUCGGCACAAUCACAACCAACUUCAGAAUCACAACAACAAUCACAACCACAAGAAACAACUUCUUCAUCAUCUAACCUUACUGCUUCAGCUUCACAAAAUGAGAACAUGGGAGUUACUACUAAAAAUUUCGAUUUUGUAGUUGCGGUGAUAGCUGGUUUAUUUGCUAUUUUUUAA